GACAGCGUUACUUCGUGCUGCGGCACCGCCGCCGGAAGUGUAUGUCAAACGGGUUAAAAGCCAGUUGACGAAGGCUAGCUAACCGUAGCUGUCAGCCGGGUCCAGUCAUUGUGUAGGGAUGGAGGUUACACGGAAAAAUUAUAAAGACUGCUUAAACACUGUGUACAGCGCGAUAGAAGAGGCUGACUUCCUUGCCAUCGAUGGGGAAUUUUCAGGGAUAAGCGACGGUCCUAAUGUCAGUGCACUAACCAAUGGACUGGACACACCGGAAGAGCGAUACACGAAGCUUAAAAAGCAUUCCAUGGACUUCCUCUUGUUCCAGUUUGGUUUGUGUACCUUCAAGUACGACCAGGCAAAGUCAAAGUACAUCACAAAGCCCUUUAACUUUUAUAUAUUCCCUAAACCGUUCAACAGGACAUCUCCUGACAUAAAGUUCAUCUGUCAAAGUUCCAGUAUCGACUUCCUGGCCAGUCAGGGAUUUGACUUCAACAAGGUGUUCUGUCACGGAAUCCCCUACCUAAAUCAGGAAGAGGAAGCCCAGCUGAGAGAGCAGACAGAGGAGAGGAGGAAUCAGCAUGCCAAUGGUGUAGGGACACCAUCCUUUAUCUCCCCAUCAUCCUCCAAAGGCUCUUCACAUGUACCUGAGGAACAUAAAGAUUUCAUCAACAAAGUUGUCGAGAAGGUUGAGGCCCUCAUGGUUAACUCUGAGAAGACUUUGGACCUGGAACCAUGCACUGGAUUUCAGCGAAAGCUGAUAUACCAGACGCUGAACUGGAAGUUUCCAAAGGGCCUGCACGUGGAAACUGUGGAAACAGAAAAGAAGGAGCGAUACAUACAAAUCAGUAAAGUUGACGAGGAGGAGAGGAAGCGGAGGGAGCAGCAGAAACUAGAGAAAGAGCAGGAGGAGCUAAAUGACGCUGUUGGUUUCUCCAGAGUCAUCCAUGCCAUCUCAAAGUCUGGUAAACUGGUUGUCGGCCACAACAUGCUCUUGGAUGUGAUGCACACCAUCCAUCAGUUUUACUGUCCUCUGCCUGAGGAUAUUCAAGACUUUAAAGAAGUUACAAUGUGCGUCUUCCCAAGACUUCUAGACACCAAAUUGAUGGCUUCCACUCAGCCAUUUAAGGAGUUGAUCACAAAUACUUCUCUGGCAGAGUUGGAGAAGCAGCUGAAGGAGAGCCCCUUCAAGUCACCACAAGUUGAAACAGCAGAGGGCUUCCCCAGCUAUGACACAGCCCAGGAGCAGCUCCAUGAGGCGGGUUAUGAUGCCUACAUCACUGGCCUUUGUUUCAUCGCCAUGGCCAAUUAUCUGGGUUCUUUCUUGACUCCGCCCAAAGCAUACAUCUCAGCUCGUUCCAAAUUAAUUGAGCCUUUCUUCAAUAAGCUUUUUCUGAUGAGGAUUAUAGAUAUACCCUACCUCAACAUCACAGGACCGGAUUUGCAACCCAAGAGAGACCAUGUCCUGUACGUCACCUUCCCAAAAGAAUGGAAGACUAGUGACCUCUACCAGCUCUUUAGUGCCUUUGGGAACAUCCAGGUUUCAUGGAUAGAUGACACGUCUGCCUUUGUGUCCCUAAGUCAGACGGACCAGGUACAGAUAGCUAUGAACACCAGCCGCUAUGCAGAGAGCUACAAGAUCCAGACAUAUGCAGAGUACAUCCAGGGAAAGCAGCAGGAAAAGGAGAAGCAGACAACCAAAACAUGGGGAGAAGACAGUUGGGUGAAGCCUCACUACACCUGCUCCACCACUUCUGGGUUUGGAUAUUCCAGGAUGAGGAAGCGAAGCAUCAGUCCCAUGCAGGGAGAGCAGGGAGCUGAUGAUGCUCAAAUUACAGAUGGCUGGAGUCACUACUCUUACCCCGAUACCACAGGCACCAAGAAGAUGAAAACUGAUGAUGCGGCAAAUACUAAAGCUGUCGAGAGUAAGACAUCCGAGGGAUGGCUGAAGACGACGGAUCUAUCAGAUUCACCUGGGCUAAGUCCAGCCCCUGAUGAUGAGAAAAGCCCAGAGGGUACAAAUCCAGGCAAUGACGCUGAUGGGACUGUCCCUUGGCAACAAACUCCAACAGUACACAAGAGGAAGGGUCAAAAGAACAAGAAAAAGAAAUCUGAAGGUGCUGAAUCUACACCAACGCUGUUCGAAGUCCCAGAAGUCUGGUAGCGAGAGGUGAAGCAUGUAGAGGCCGCUGUCUCAUACUGGGCUCCUGCACAGUCUCUCUUCCUAAGCACUUGGGAUAGUCUCCUUCAAGGUCGUACAGUACUAUAUUCAUUUGUUCAUCCAACAGCUGUGGAUACUGUGUCCAUAGCUACCAGCCAAGCUACAUAACUGGACUACUGACAGAGAACACAAGCCAUAACAGCAGCUGCCAUAUUUUGAUCCUACAUCAGAGGAGCAGGCAACUCCUCUGGGUAAACACACACAGAUGUACCACCAGAUCUUUAAUAUCGAAAUUAUUGUUCAUUUAUUCUCUGAUGUGUUCAGACUGGUAUCUGCCACCACAUCCACGUUGUCACUUUGGAAACAUUUACACGUUUUAAUGACGGAUACCUGUAGUCAGUCUUAUUUUUGUGAGGUGUGAGUUGUGAGGUGUGAGUUGUGAGGUGUGAGUUGUGUGAGUGUGAGAGUUUAUGCAUGUGAGGGACAUGUACAUUUUUCUCCCGUCUUUGUAUCCCUGUGAGUCAUAAAUUGUGAGAUAUACCACUUGACAGGUCCUAUAGUUUACAAAGUCAGGGUUAUUUAGUAUUUUAAUGCAGUCCAAUAUUUUUUCCAUUUU